AUGACUCCUUAUGUCCACUGGACCAUCUCCGUGACAAGGGACAUCACCCAGCAGGAAAUAGUUAACGUUUACAACGUCCUCGGCGGCAAGAUAUAUGAACAUCAGAACGACUUCCUCAAUGAGUCCGACACCACCCAUGCCACCUUCAAAGAGUUGGACACGUCUAUGACAGGCCUUCACACCAAGGCUGACACUGCUGGGAACCUCGCUCUCAAAGCUGUGGAAGAGAACAAACAGCUGAAGGCGGAACUGGUCACUGUCAAUGUGGAUCUGGAGGUUCUCAACCGGAACAACACGGAGCUCGUCAAAUGGUACAAGGAACUCGCAGCCAAGUUUACACAGUUGGAGCAAGGCCUGUCGACCCGCACCACGCUUGGUAUCAGUACUGCCCCGGUCCCUGUCGUAUCACAGGCCUUGCGUAUCAAGGCAUCAGAACCACCCAAGUACAAGGGAAACAAAGGCUCGGACAUCACUCUCGAACAAUAG